CUGUCCGUUUUUUUUUUUUUUUUUUUUUUUUUUUUUUAUAUUGUCAAGUGUCACUGCGGGUGUAUUUAAUAUGGUUAACCCUACAUCAUUAUUGUAACUCUAUACGACGGCAGUACGAUAACAUUGCCUUCUCGUUUUACAUUGCGUUUUCAGCGGGCACGACUGUGUGUGACACCGCGACACGGUCUGUGCAAGAUCACUGUCAAAUGAAAGGGGCGGUCAAACUGAACAAGCACAGGGAACAAGCAAGCACUUGAACUGUAAAUAAUUAAACCAGGGCUAAAAAAAUAAUAAAAAUAAAAACCACACACGUGUGCGUGUAACUGUAUUGUACAAUGUAUAGCUUCUGAACAACAUACAACAACCCAGCUCCCGCCUCGGCUUGUGUUUUGAGCCGGCUGCAUUGUUUUCCUGCUUGCUGUUUUAAUAGCGGUGAAAGUGUGGGCAUGGCUAGCUUGCGAGCUCUACAGGUGAGUACAGUUUUCAGUAAAUCGGGAACACUUCCGAACCUCGCCUGUGCGUUUGCAGCGCCUGGUUCGUGCAUGCGAAGACAGAGGUACAGCACAAAGUAAAGAUGAGACAGCAGAUACACUGCACCAGGUUGCCUGUUCCAAUGCUGGAAGAAACGAUUAGACGAUCCGACCGGCGUCCAUCCAUACCAAGCAAUGCAGCCACGCCUUCGUCCGGGAGCCGGGCACGCACAGCGUGGACGAACUGCGCAAGAUAUACCACGGGCAGCUGACCUGGGAGGCCGCCAUGGGCCAAGGGUUUGACCGGCACCUCUUUGCAAUGCGCUACUUGGCCAACUCCAAGGGUCAGGCCCUGCCAGCUUUUUACCAGGACCCGGCUUACGCAGCCGUCAACCACAACAUCCUGUCCACCAGCACGCUGACCAGCCCCGCGGUCAGCCUGGGCGGCUUCGCUCCGGUGGUCCCUGACGGCUUCGGGGUGGGCUACGGCGUGGGCUACGGCGUGCACGACCACUGGAUCGGCUGCAGAGUCUCCAGCUACCCGUCCCGCCACGUGCACGAGUUCCUGCAGUGCGUGCGCAAGUCCCUGGAGGACAUCUUCACUGUGCUGGAGGGGAAGCCCAUCGGCAGCUAGAUCCACUGCCUGAGAGCUGUGAACACACGCCGGCACAGGGAUGGGAAUAAGACUCCUAUUGCAGAGCAGUUUCACCCAUUCCAGGUUUUACUACCAGCUUGAUUAGCCACAGUAUGUGUUGGUAACAAUCUCAGGUGUGUAUUAUUAAUAAACUCAUAGUAAAAACAGGAAUGGAUUAAACUGCUGUGCAGUCUUAUUUCCAUCGCUGCUUCAUCAGGAGUGCUCUGGUUCUGUGAGGAUAUAGAAAUAUAUGAGUUCUGUAACGGCAAAGGAUUAUUAAUCAGGCAAUAGGUUCAGUGUUCUUUUAAAAAAAAAAAAAAAUUCUUCUGAAAUAAUAAUAAUACCCACAUAUUUUCUCAACAGAAAAGGUGUUAGUUGCUGCUAUAAUUUAACACAAGGUGAGCCUCAACAUCAGUGGUACUCAUUUGUGGCUCUUUCAGUCCACUGUAGAGAUACUGCUAGUUUGCAUUGUACUACUUUUGAAGUACAAUACACUGUGAGAUUAAUACACUGAAUUGAGUGAAAUGAAUGUAAUUUAACUGUAUAUGCAUUACCUCUUAGCACUUUGAGACUGCCGUGUUUUUAAA